GUUUAUAACUGAAAACUUUAAAAGCUUGCAGGUUGCUGCAUGCGAGUUUGCGAGCAAGUGAAACCAGUAGGCAGUAGUUGUGCCUGGUGCCAGUAGUUUUCGGUUGUUUAACGUUUGAAAGCUUCAAAAACUUGUAAAGUUUGUAAAUUCAACGGUCAGUUUUUAUUCCACCGUGAUUUUUUUACUUUUAAAAUCAAUAAUUUAUAUUUAACAAAAGUAUUCUACGGACCUUUACCGGUUAUCUUUGGAAAAUGCCUCCUAAAAAGGAUGGUGGGCCAGCACCUAAGAAAAAGAAAGGUCUAUACAAACUUCCAGACCCACUGCCAAAAGGUUUGAAAGUUGUGGACAACCAGAAGAAGGAGUGGGAGAUCGGAGAAUCGAUUGGAACGGGUGGUUUUGCGGAAGUUUACAGUGCUAAGGAAAGUAAUAAGGAGACUGCUUCCAAGAAUGCUAUCAAAUAUCCAUUCGCUAUAAAAGUGGAGCCAAAAGAAAAUGGACCUCUAUUUUGCGAAAUCCAUUUCUAUAUGCGAGCUACUAAACCAGAGUUAAUUGCAGAAUGGAAAAAAACGAAGAAAGUAAAACACUGUGGAGUCUCUCCUUUCUAUAGCUCUGGAUUGUUCACCUUCAAAAAUACGGAGUAUAGAUUUCUAGUAACUGAUAGAUAUGGAAAGAGUCUCUACAACAUUAUUUCGGAGAACGACAAGCAAAUUCCAACUGAUACCGUUCACCAGAUUGCUAUACAGUUGUUAGAUAUGCUUGAGUACAUACACAGCAAGGGCUACAUACACGGUGACAUCAAAGCUGCCAACUUGCUGUUUGGAGUAAAACCUGGUACAGAAAAGUAUCUGCACUUGGUUGAUUACGGCCUAGCGAAGAAAUUCAAGAGCGAUGUUGAAGACUUGCCCAGAGAUCCAAAACUGGCAGGCAAUGGAACAAUAGAAUACAUCAGUCGUGACGGACACAAUGGAGUUUUUGGCACUCGAGGAGAUUUGGAAAUGCUUGCGUUCAAUCUGCUCCACUGGAUUAACUCUACGUUACCGUGGGAGAAAGAUAUUGCUAAUGCUGCCGUGGUUCAGCAGAAGAAGGAGGAGCUGAUGGCUUCUCCAUCUACUUAUAUCAACAAGAAUCUCCCCAAAGUUCCUACAGUGAUGGUGAAAUUCCUCGAUUACAUAAAUUCAAUUGACAAUAAUCAACCCAUUGAUUUCGAUCUUUGUCGGAAGCUGUUCUUAACCGAAUUGACGAAGUUGAAACUUAAACCCUACGAUGAACUCAAUUUUCACGUUACAAAAGACAGUUCAGUCGAUAGUAAAGUUAAGAAAAGUGCCUCGUCUAAAAAACAGGUAAAAGAAGAAGUAGUGGAGGAAGCGGAGCAUUAUGUAGGAAGAAGAACACGCAAUUCCAUGUCAGCCGCCGCUGCUAGUGAACCAGUCGAAAUCAAGGACUCUCAAAGUGAGCAAAAAGGUCGCACUAAAUCUGAAGCUGACAAAGAAAACAGCAAAACUCAAAAACCUCCAGCCAAAAAACCAGCUGCAAAGAAAGAGCCAAAGAAAACUGCCAGCUGGAAAGAUUCUCAAACAAUUCGUGCCAGUAACAUUGUCAAACCUGGAGAAUACGUCAGUACCAGGCAAGCGGCUCCAUCAAAAAGAAAGUGAUUCCACCGUUCUCUAGAUUAUUUGCAUUUUCGAAAACUUUCAAGUACAUUUCUACUACCUGCAGAUAGGUAUUUAUUAUAAUUUUCUUUGAAUUCAUUGUCUUUUUGACUUGUCAUUGUUUUACCAAUAAUUUUUAGUGUUAAAGUUUUAUAUCUCCAAUAGCCAAAACGUGUAAUCUUGGUAAGACUGAGACUGAAUUAAUCAAUAUUUGUUGUAGUGACUAGCCUAGCUAAUUAAGAGGCCUGAUGUGAACGACUGUUGCACGCGAUAUAUAGAGCAAAGUGAAUGACAUUCAUUGUAUCCUACCUGAUUCGUGUCAAGUUACGCAUCUAAAUGUUAUUACUAUUUAAAUUUUUCAUUUUUCAUGAAAUAAUCAUGUCUAAAGCACUCAGAUGCCAGUCACCUAGCGUUGGCACGGUCGUACAGUUUGCGACGUCGAAUUCCAUGUUGGAUUGUUUGAUUCAAAUAAUUUAUUGAUUAAUAACACUGAUUUAAUUCUCCACUUUCAAUGCCCAUUUCCAUUAUAUUAUUGAACAUUGGUAGUGCAGUUCACAAUUCAAACUCAUGUUCUUCAAAAUUAUUGUAGUUUGAUUAUUAUGGAUAGUAAAUCAUUAUUCAUGUUUCCCGACCUUACUUUGCACUAUAAUCUUGAAGAAUUGCGGGAAAUAGAAGUUUCUGAUAGUAUUCAUGAUAUUGACAAAUUGCAUUCUAUUGUUUCUGAAAUGUAAUCAAUAUAAAUUGAAAAAAAACUUUUUUUACUCAGAAAAUCACAAAUCCAAAUAAAAUAAGUACCGUAGGUAUUGAAAAUGCGGUGAAUUGUAAUACGGACAUAUUCAAGUGAAUCUGUAGAGCUGUGCACUGUGAUGAUAUAUUUAUAAUUUUACUAGCAUUUUUUUAAAAUAAAUAUCCAAAAAGCAUAGAAUGCAGGUACAGUAUUAGAGUACUUAAAAGUUAACCUUGUUGGAUAGAUGGUACUGUAGUUUUUAAGACAACCAUCUCUGUCCUAAUUUUUUAUUAAAAUUAAUCAUACAUCAA